GAGAGAGAGAGAGAGAGAGAGAGAGGUGUAUAUAUAUAUGAGAGAUGACAGAAAGGAAAUCCUCAGAGUUUUACAGAGCAGUGACUCUUUGGGACACGAGAGAGACAGAGAUCAGAUUCAUUCACACACAUCAGCACUGAGAGAAAGACAGAAGAAAAGAGGGUGAGACAGACAGGGAGUGAGAGAAGACUGAUAGAAAUAAAGGGAAGAAAAUAAAGGACAGAGAAGAAAAAUGGGAUUGCUACGUGUUGCAGAUUUGGUGACUGGGCGGAGCAGUGAGGAGAAGGAGGGGGGACAUGUGUGUGUGGAGGUUGGCGAGUACGAGUCCACUGUCACCCGUGAGAAACAGGAUGGGACACACACACACACAACACUGAGUGACAACACACAGGACACACAACACAACCUCAAACUCAAUGUAGACGUAUCGGGACAUCUGAAGUUAGAGACAAUUGAUGAUCUGUACAACAUCCUGCAGCUCAAACAGAGGAGGAGAGAGAGGAAGAGACAAAUACAUCAGAAACAACCUGAACCAGAGAUCCUGCCUGAGGUAGUGGACGAAUCAAUGUUUUUAACAGCUGCAGCAGAAAAUAAACUGUUAGUGGUGGAGAAGUUUCUCUCUGAUGGUGGAGAUCCAAACACGUCUGAUCAUUUCAAGCGCUCAGCUCUGCAUAAAGCAUGUUAUGGAGGUCACAUCGACAUCAUAAAGAAACUUCUGGAGUCCGGAGCGUGUAUAGAGAACAAAGACAAGUUGGAUGCGACAGCAGUACACUGGGCAUGUAGAGGCGGCAGUCUUCCUACACUGGAGCUGCUGCUUAAUGAAGGAGGAAAACUGAACUCCAGAGACAAGUUACUCAGCACACCGCUGCACGUGGCCGUUCGGACGGGACACCACGAGUGUGCAGAACAUUUGAUCCACUGUGGAGCUGAUAUUAACGCCAGAGACAGAGAGGGAGACACACCACUGCAUGAUGCAGUAAGGAUCAACAGGUUCAAGAUGAUCAAACUGCUGCUGAUGUACGGCGCUAACAUGAAGAGCAAAAAUAACGAUGGAAAGACGCCGAUGGAGAGUCUGCUGUCAUGGCAAAGUGGAGCCAAAAACAUACUGAGUGACUUUAAGGACGAGACACGAUGUGUUCCUGAGUGAAGACAGAGAAAAGAUCAACAUUCUCAUUAAAACCACAUUAAGGGAAAUAACAGCAGGCUUCAUUUCCUCUGAUUCACUUUCAUUUACACACAGUGAUGAUAAUUGCUGGCAAUUUCACUUAUAUUAUUUCGACGAAUAUUUCUGUGUAAACGUUUUUAACGGUGGCGAGAUGUUCGAUUCCAGUAAUGGUCUGUGACGGAGAAACAGGAAGCUGAUGGAUUUUGAAAAGUUCCUAAUGUACUUUCUGGAUGUUUCUUAACUUGAUGAUGGUGUUAAACUGCUCAGUGACGAUGUUCAUGUCCGCUGCCCACAGCACAACUAAAGCACUGACAAUUUUAUACAACAUGUUUUUUUGUCUGAAUGAUUGUGAAUAGGAUGUGACUUUUACUCUCCUGAUUUUUCUUCAUUUUGCUGCAAGUGUGUGAGUGUGUGUGUGUGUGUUUGUGGUGUCAGCGGUGUCAUGUCGCUGUCAGUAUGAAGAAUAUGAUAAUGAUAACGAUGAUAACGAUGAUAACGAUGACGAUGAUGAUGAUGAUGAUAAUGACGAUGAUGACGAUGAUGAAGAUGAUGAGAAAGUGAUGACAGGUUUGAGGA